GGUUCAGUUUCAUCGUCUAGCAGAAUUGAAUAUCAAGAUUCAUCCUUCAAGUUGUCAAGUGAAUCACUUCCGUCACGACCUGGCGUAAUUAUUGAAGACUCGGCCGCUCCAGAAAAAGACGCUGCAUUUUUUAUGUCCGGCCAGCCUCACGAUUCUGUUCGACCCUCUCGUGUCGCCCUCGCAACUCGAGGUUCCAAGUCGCCCCAAGUUCGAACUUUCGGACUUCAAAAACUUAAUUCGAGGCGCGUUCCAGCCGACAGGGCUGGAGUUGGCUCAAGACCUUGCUCCAGGGACUUCCUGGAGCUUCCUGCCGUCCUGGUGCCAGUCUCCACACUCCUUCAAAGUUCACACGAUUUCCCUCGCAGUAAUGGAGUUGCUCAUGAUAGUACCGAAGUUUUAAAUGCUGGUCCAGAAGUCUUUGCAGCAAAUCGUUCUGUUUUUCCAGGGACCCAAAAUGUUCAUAGUGAAAGCCCACAUGCUGCUCAUGAAAGCAUGCACAAUCGUGCAACAGUUCCUAUCACUAACGAAGAAACAAAAAAUUCACCCGAUAACAAAAAUUCAGCAGGAAAUUCAGAACUUGCCAUGCUGCUGCAAAGAAUUUAUCUCGAAUUCACAAGCCGCACGCAAACCAAUUCAUCUCCCAUUUUGGCCACAGACGAGCGUUCAAAGAUUGCGCCGACAUUCAACCGAAAUACCCCGCUGACCUCCGAGAGUUCCACGUUUCCUGACUCACGCGCCGCUAGUGGUGGUUUUGCUGCUCUCGACGAUCGGUUGCGGCCUUCCGUGAACACUCACGCGGCAAAAAACGACAUUCGAGACCUUGGUUAUUUCUCUAGGCGGAGGUCACCACACGGCGAAGAUUCUGGUGGAGAUCGUUCUUCGUCGAAGUCAAGGGUCUUAUGGAGUCCACCAUUCCCUUCAAAAACUAAACACUCCACGAGCAGUCUGUUUCGUGAUGAAGGCGCCGAUGAGGGACAUUCCACGAGAAGUCUACUUCGUGAUGAAGGCGUCGAUGAAGGACACUCCACGAGAAGGCUCUUUCGUGGCGAUGGCGUUGAAGAUGAUGGCUUCUCUCCGACAUCCCUGCGAGUAUGCGGCGGCAAGUUUUCCUACAUCCAUGGGGACACAAGGUCAAGAAUUAUUCGAGCUUGA